AUGGAUGUCGCUGCUGGAGCAGGUCCCUGCUUCUCGCUGCCGCCAGUGCCACCGGGGGACAUGGCCGAGGCGGCUGCCACCAGCGGCCCCGUGCGGUCUCCAGCCCAGGGUGCCCGGCACGAGCAUCCGGGACUGGACGCGCUGCAGUCACUGCUGCACACGGAGCACGAGCUGAACCUGACGGGCUCCUACCACAUGCCGCCCCUGGGCGAGCUGCGCUUCGCCGUGCCCCGGUUCCGCGUGCAGUGGCUGCAGCUCAACGACUCCUCCGUGGACUUCGCGGCGGCCGUGGGCCGCCUGCGCCUGGAGUUCCACCGCGGGCAGAGCUGGCUCUACAACCUGCUGGCGCCGGUGCUGCAAGGACCCCUGCGCCUGGAGCUCAACAAGCACCUUUGCCCUGAGCUGCAGCGCCACGUGCACAGGCUGCAGGACACCCUGGACGACAUGAGAGUGACUGUCCAGCUUGACCCCUUCGCUGCCAUCGACUACUCGCUGCUGCAGGAGCCGGAGAUCACGGCGGAGCACGGGGACCUCAGCAUUAAGGGGAGUUCUUUGGGCGUGGGCCGGCGGCAGCAGAGCCCUUUCUUGGCAGCGCCGGUGCCGCUGCCGGUGGCGGAGGACCCCAUGUUGUUCCUGGGCAUCACCGAGUUCUUUGCCAACUCCGCGGCCUUCGUGUACUUCUCGGCUGGUGCCCUGCGCUGGACCGUCACCGGGGACAUGCUGCAGGAGCUCUACCCGGAGCAGCCCAUGGAGCUGCGGCUCUGGGCCCGCCAGCAGCCCCUGCUCUCCUGCCGCCCCGAUGGGCUGCGCCUGGCCCUGCACGGCAUCGCGGAGACCUUCGUGCUGCUUCCCAAUGGCACCCGUGUGCCCGCCUUCCUGCUGCACCUC